UGCGAAGUGCACCAUAUACUAUCUUCCCCUUACCAAAUGUCAAAACGCUGAAUAUAAAUAUUUACAUCAGUGCACCGUCCGGGCGGGUACCGGCUGUCACGUUCAAUCAGUACUGAAACGAAAAUGAGUUGGAUAACGAGAUCAGUGCGAUUGGUGCUCAAUCAGCCGGUCCUUAUCUCCGGCAGGAUAUCGAUAUUAUCAGUGAACCGGACAUUUCUGGGCGUACGUUACGCAAGUGCCUCCCAGAAUGGCCCAUCCAAAGCAUUGUUGCAGAAACAGCAAACGAUCGUCAAUGUUGGGAAGAGGUUGCAGAAAAUUUCGUCAUCCGUUAUCAACCUGCACGAUAACAUCCAGCUGAAGAAGCGUCCGCGACGACGUCGGGAAGAGGAAAUCAGCAAAUUGGCCAAGGGCUAUCUAACUGUGACCGCCUUUGCCACUGCUGAAGAGUAUGACCUGGAACGGCUUCUCGGCGCCUUGAAGGAUCAAAACCUGUACGAACCGAAGCAGUUUUUGUCCAGUGAAGAUAACGACAUUGAUCCGGAUGUUCUGCACGUUACGGCCAAGUACAAAGUGGGAGACGAAUCACGGGAUGUGUACUUUUUCCGCGAAGGCACGGUGGUCUUGUGGAACUGUACAGACUUGGAGAAUAACAACAUCCUGAGGUUUUUGAAGCAAUUCGAAGAGGGUUCUUACGACGAAUCUACUGUACUUGAGGAGAGUGAAGCCAUGUUAUACAACGCGAUUGAUGGACCUGCCCGGUUGAAAAACAACAGCUUCUACGUUUCUACCAACGAUGAUACUGAUUUGGAAAAAUACACUUUCUCAAAUGCGAUGUCCCUUUCGGUGAAACUCGGAAUUUGGGAAGCCUCCCUGGAGCGGUACAUUGAAUCGAUGGCCUACGUGACGGAGGAUUUGAAGAAAGGAAAUAAAAUAACGAUUUCCCGUCCGGAGAUGCUUCGAAAAACCGGAGAACUUUUCGCUUUGCGCCAUCUGAUCAAUCUGAGCUCGGAUCUCUUGGAUGUACCGGAUUUCUACUGGGAUCGUGAACAGCUGGAAACUCUUUAUCAGCAGACAUGUUCGUACUUCAGCAUAAACCGUCGGACGCGGGUCAUGAACGAAAAGUUGAACCAUUGCGUAGAACUGGCAGACCUGAUAAGUUCAAACCUAAACGACAAACAUCACGUCCGACUGGAAUGGAUGAUCAUUAUUCUGAUUAUGGUUGAGGUAGGAUUUGAGAUUCUGCAUUACGUGGAUAAGUUCACGUAAUUUUGUUGAAUAAAUACAAUCAAUAUUA